CAGCCCGUGCCCUUUGUCUCAGCCAAUACACCCGCGCCCUCUCUGUCUCGAGUCCCUCCUUUCUCCGGCGUCUCUCAGCUUCUCCACCGUCAUCCUCUCCGGCGCCUCCCAACUCGUCUUUCUCUCCGGCGCCGACAGCUGCUGUUCCUUCACCGGCUGAAGCUUCUGAUUCGAGUUCCAUUGAUAUCAGUGUUUCCAAAAUCUUGCAUAUCUCCAAAAUUUGGUUAAAUGGCAUCUGAGAAUCAGACAUUCAGUGCAAAGUGGAGUGCAAAGUGGACCGAGUCUGUAACCAACAUAUUAGUAAAUUUGUUGGUGGAUGAGGUUAAAAAGGGAAAUCGCACCUCUUCUACUUACAACAAAGCGGGGUGGAAGAAUAUACAGACUGAAUUCAUCAAACAGACAGGAUUCCAAUAUAGCAUGGUACAACUGAAGAACAAGGUAAACAAACUAAGAAAACAGUAUGGCAGUUUUAAGAAACUUAUUUCUCAAUCCGGAUUUGGUUGGGAUAAUGUGAAGAAAACAGUUACUGUCGACGAUCCAAGUAUAUGGGAAUCUCACAUCAAGGAUAAUGUCGAUUGGGCAAAAUUCAAGAAGCAUGGAUUUCCUCAGUAUCCCAAGCUAUGUAUUGUAUUUGAUGGUACAUACGCUAGUGGGGAUUGCACCAAUGUUGAAGAUUUGACGAUGUCGGAGGAAAAUGACAAUGGUGGUGGUAAUGCAGAUGGUGACAAUGGUGGUGGCAAUACAGAUGACUUCAGUGAAUAUCACAUUGAUGAGAGAGUCUUUACAUCUGACAGUGCUCCAACUAAGAGGAGAAGGAGUAACCAAUCUGAGAGGAUUAGUAACCAAUCUGCUAUUGCUGACACUUGCAAAGCCAUACAGGAUUAUUUUAAAGCUAGGGCAAGUCAAUUUGUUAGUGGCUCUGCAACCUCAGUGGUUACACCACCACAUGUAGACCCUUUCUCCAUAUCUGCCAUGAUGGAUGUCCUACUUAGUAUGGAUGGGCUAGAACAAGAUCUUUAUAAUAAAGCAGUGGAACGAGCAUGCGAUAGUGCCCCAUGGAGGGAGGCUUUCAUUAAAUCCUCACCUGAAAGGAGAAUUGGACUUCUUCAAUGAAAGGGUCCAUGUAGAGAUCUAUAAGAUACUCUUCUUUUUGCUAGCUCUUAUUGUAAGAACUUUACUUAAAAACUUUUCUUCCAAGUAUGUACAUAUGGCCAUGUUCACAAUGUUUUUCUUCACUCACCAUGAACAAAAUUAAAUUGGUGAGUAUUCCCUGAGGAUUAUAUCAUCCCACCUGCCUCUCAUUUUGUGGAUCA